UAUACAGUGUAGAAGUACCGGGACUUGUUACAGAUACAGUAAAUGACAAAGUAACACAGGGUCUGUCAUUACACAAUAUUGACAGCUGGUGGCAGUAGUACGCCUUUUCUUGUUUAAACGACGCCACAAUGUCAGCAAUGAAGAAAGCUGCCAUGGUAACAACAAAGCCGAGGGUUUCCUGCAAAGUGAUUCUUUUGCUAGCUCCGGGGACAAACUUCAAGACAAACGACAUAAACUUUUGAAAUAUUGGCGAAAAAGGCAAACCGGCAUUCAAGGUUACAGCACGAUGUCGAGUCAGCGGCCUCCCUCCAGUAUGGGUCGGCCGAUCAGUCGUACUGGAUCAGCGGUACCAGGAAGCGGAAGACCUUUAACAGCAGUUCGACCUCCUCCUACGGCCAUACGCAUACCAACUGGGAUGGUUCCGGGUACGGGUGUUCAUCCUGGCGUGAGGGCUCUAAUUACUACUACUGGAGUCCUGUCCGCACAGAUCAAAGUGACCGAUAGGCCUGUGACGCAACAAGGCCUCAGUGGUAUGAAGACCGGGUUGAAGGGACCUCAGAGACAAAUUCUGGACAAGUCUUAUUACUUGGGUCUUCUCAGGAGUAAGAUCAACGAGUUAACCGCAGAGAUCGGCAAACUCCACAAAGAGAUCGACACCUUCAACCAGGAGAACUCCGUCUACCUGUCCUAUGAAAAGAGGGCUGAAAGUCUGGCUGCAGAAAUCAGGGAUCUGCAGGGCCAGCUCGCUGACUACAACAUGUUGAUGGACAAACUCAACACCAACUCAGACAUGGAGGAAAUGAUCAACGACUACAACAGUCUGAAAGCUCAAAAUGACAGAGAGGCAGAAAGCAUCGACAGCAUCUUUAUUGAGAGAAGAGAAAGAGAGGACGCCAUUAGGGCCAUUGAAGAAGAAAUCAAGAAGGAAAGGCGUGUUGCCGAGGAGAUUGUCCAAGCCAUGCCGGCUGCAAAGCAGGAGAAAUAUUUCACCAUGACGACAGCCAAUGAGGAGCUGCUACAGGAGCUGGCUCUUCUCCAAGAAGAACUGGAUGCCCUGCUGACCCGGAAGGAGGAAUACGAAGCGGAGCUGGCCCAUUCGCAGAUCAAACAGGAAGUCGUUCGGCUACACGAAACGUUGUCGACACUAGAGGCCAAGCGGGACAACAUGGAGGCGGAGCACAAGAGCUUCAGCACGCCUCAAGAGGAGAGAGAGAAACUAUUGAAACAGGUGAAAGAGGAUAAUCAGGAAAUCGCCAGCAUGGACAGACAACUGGUGGAGAUCAGGGACAGGACUGGUCAAAUUGCAGAUGAGAUCCGACAACAUGAGCAGGACUCGGAGGAAGCUCAAGGGGAGUGUCAGCAGAAGUACAAGGAGCUGAAGAGGAAAGAGGAAGAAAUUGAUGGAUUCCUGCAGGCCUUCGAGGAUUUAAGGACUCAGGAGCAGAACAAGAUGACUCAGAGCCAGGAGAAUAUCGUCUCCCUCUUGGAGCACUGCAGCCGGAACAUGUUGCGGCUCCGUCGAGUGGAUACAAUCACUGCCAGCGAGCUGAGGAACAUGCAGGACGUGCUGGUUUCCAAGGAGACGGAGGUGUCGCAGUCAGCCAGCACCGCCAAAGGACUGACUUCUGAGUCCCAGCGCCUGCAGCAGGACUUGGAGAAAGUGCAGCAGCUGGAGGGCAAGAUCACGGGAGAGCUGAGCACACUGAAGGAAAAUGUCAAACAGAUGGAAUCCGAGCUGCUCACCUACAGGGACCUGGAAACUCUGAGACACACGGCGGAUGAGAGGAAGACGAGACUACAAGAGGAGCGAGUUGCCCUCAUACAACGGCGAGAUUCAUUCCGACAACUUUUGGAGGAAAUGAGCCACAAAUAUGAGGCGCUGAGGACCAAACUGGAAGAAAACGAGACCCACGCGCAGUUGGCUAACCUGGAGAGGAAGUGGCAACAUUUGGAGCAGAAUAACUUUGUCAUGAAAGAAUUCAUCGCUUCGAAAUCUCAGGAGAGUGACUUCGCCUCCGUGUCCAAGGAAGUCUACGAACGAGUGGCAGAUUACAACAAGAGCCUCAUAGACUCACUGCAGAACAUCAGGAGCUGAAUACACACAUUGUUUUUGAUAACUGUAAUGUACAGGGAUCUCCACUAAGUCCAUUUUAGUUUGAGUUUGUUUUGUUUUGUGGGUGUAACAGAGUUCAUAUGUAAUGAUUUUAUUUUUAA